CGCGGGCAGCGGAGCCAUGGAGGCCUUCGGCAAUGACCGGCUCCAGCUCCCCAGGAACAUGAUCGAGAACAGCAUGUUCGAAGAGGAGCCCGACGUGGUGGACCUGGCCAAAGAACCGUGCCUGCACCCUCUGGAGCCAGAAGAGGCGGAGUACGAGCCGCGGGGGUCCCGCCUCCUGGUGCGGGGUCUCGGGGAGCACGACCUGGACGAGGACGAAGAAGAUUACGAGUCGUCGGCCAAGCUCCUGGGCAUGUCGUUCAUGAACCGGAGCUCGGGCCUCCGCGGCCACAUGGCCAACUACAGGCCGGGCUCUGACGGGACCUGCGGGCUGCCCUCGGCCAGGACCAUGGCGGUCUGCGCCGCCGUCAUGAUCAUCGCCGUCGCGGCCAUCCUGGUCAUCUACCUGCUUCCCAGGUGCACCUUCACCAAAGAAGGCUGCCACAAGACCAACCAGUCCAUGGAGUGGACGCUCCCCAUCGCGACCAACGGGAAGGUCUUCCCCUGGGCCCAGCUGCGGCUGCCCGGUUCCGUCUGGCCGCUGCGCUACCAACUGAGCCUGCGCCCCAACCUGACGGCCAUGCUCUUCUCGGGCUCCGUGAACAUCACCCUCCACGUGGGCCAGGUCACUUGGUCUGUGGUCCUCCACAGCGCGGGGCUCAACGUCUCCUCGGCGGCCCUGUUCCGGGCCCUGUCCGACCAGGAGGUGCGAGCGGACUUCCUGCAGUAUCCCUUCCACGACCAAAUCGCCAUGGUCGCCCACGAAGCCCUCCUGGAAGGGCACAACUACACCCUGCUCAUCAACUUUUCAGCCGCUCUGUCCGACACCUACUUCGGGUUUUACCGGAUCUCCUACAAGGACGAAAGCCAUGCGCAAAAGUACUUUGCGGCCACACAGUUUGAACCCCUGGCAGCGAGGUCUGCUUUCCCCUGUUUCGACGAGCCGGCGUUUAAAGCCACAUUUCUCAUCAAGAUCGUGAGGGAGGAGCAACAGACCGCCUUGUCCAAUAUGCCAAAGAAAACAACGGUUCCGGUCGGAGACGGGCUGGUCCAGGAUGAAUUUUAUGAAAGUGUGAAAAUGAGUCCUUAUCUGGUCGCCUUCAUCGUGGCCGAAAUGAAGAAUCUGAGUCGAGAGGUGGAUGACAUUCUGGUGUCUGUGUACACUGUGCCAGAUAAAAUUGGCCAAGUCGAGCAUGCCCUGGAUACCGCAGUGAAGCUCCUGCAUUUUUACCAGAAGUACUUCAACAUUACGUACCCCCUCCAGAAACUAGAUUUGGUAGCUCUUCCUGACUUCGAGGCUGGAGCCAUGGAGAACUGGGGACUGAUCACCUUCCGAGAAGAAACCCUCCUGUUCGACAAUCGCACCUCUUCGGUGACGGAUCAGAAGUUGAUUACGAGGAUCAUCGCUCACGAGCUGGCACAUCAGUGGUUUGGUAACCUGGUGACGAUGCAGUGGUGGAAUGAUCUGUGGUUGAACGAAGGCUUUGCCACUUUUAUGGAAAAUUUCUCCAUCGAGAAGAAUUUCCCAGAGCUCUUCAGUUAUGAGGAUUUCUUGAGUGCUCGAUUCAAGACAAUGACAAAGGAUUCCUUGAAUUCAUCUCACCCGGUCUCCUUUCCUGUUCAGUCUUCGGAGCAGAUUGAAGAAAUGUUUGAUUCAUUUUCAUAUUUCAAGGGGGCUUCCCUUUUGCUGAUGCUCAAGAACCACCUGCAGAACGAAGUGUUUCAGCAUGUUGUGAUGCUGUAUUUGAAAAACCACAGCUAUGCUUCCACGCAGAGCGAUGACCUGUGGGAUAGUUUUGAUGAGAUCACCAGGGAUACGCUAGAUGUAAAAAAGAUGAUGCAAACCUGGACGCUGCAAAAAGGGUUUCCUUUAGUGACCGUUAAAAAGAAAGGAAAAGAACUUUUUGUGCAACAAGAGCGAUUCUUUCUAAGUCCGAAUUCCGGCCCCACCUCAGCAGAAUCAAGUCACCUGUGGCACAUCCCACUCACCUACAUCACCAGUAACUCCAGCGUGUUUGACCUUCCCCACGUGGCAUUAUUGGACAAAAAGUCAGAUAUCCUCAACCUGACAGAGGAGGUGAAGUGGGUGAAAUUUAAUGUCGCCAUGAGGGGCUACUACAUCGUGAACUAUGCGGAGAGCGAGUGGGACGCCCUCAUUGAGCUGCUGAGAGCCAACGCCAGCGCUCUGGGAGACCAGGACCGUGCCAGCCUCAUCAACAACAUCUUCCAAGUCGCAGGGUUAGGAAAAGUGUCACUGAAGAAGGCCUUUGAUCUGAUGGAUUACCUUGCAAAUGAAACCAGCACUGCCCCUAUCACUGAGGCCCUGUUCCAGACAGAUCUCAUCUACAACUUACUCGACAAGAGAGGGAACUGGGAUCUGGCCAGCAAAAUGGUGACCAGGAUGGCCAGGCUUCUCCAGCCCAAGAUAGACCAGCAGACCUGGUCGGAUGAAGGGACUCUGUCAGAAAGAGAACUACGGUCUGCCCUGCUGGGCUUCGCCUGCACACAUCAGCUGGGCAACUGCACCCCUGAGGCCCAGGACUGGUUUACCCACUGGAAAGCUUCCAAUGCUUCAGCCAGCCUGCCCACCGAUAUCAUGGCAACCGUGUUCAAAGUUGGAGCCCAGAGCGAAGAAGGUUGGGACUUCCUCAUUCAGGUGUACGCAUACUCGGAGUCGGAGGCCGAGAAGAACAAGGUCCUCGAAGCCCUGGCCAGCACCAAGGAUGUCCGGAAGCUUGGAUGGUUAAUGAAGGCCAGCCUGGAAGGAGACCUCAUCAGGACCCAGAAGCUGGCCAGCAUCAUAGGGAUGGUCAGCAGAAGUUUUCCCGGGCACUUGUUGGCCUGGGAUUUUGUGAAAGAGAACUGGGACAGACUCACGCGACAGUUCCAUUUAGGAUCCUACACAAUCCAGAGUAUCGUGGCUGGCUCAACUCACCAGUUUUCCACGGAAGAGCACUUGUUCGAGGUCCAGGCGUUCUUUGACUCCAAACUGGAGGCCUCCUACCAGCUCCGUUGUGCCCAGGAGGCCAUCGAGAUCAUCCAGCUGAACGUCCAGUGGAUGAAGAAGAACUUGAAAGAGCUGUCCGCGUGGUUGUAGAGGGUCCGGCCUCUCGCCCCCGUGUUAGCCGUGCGGAAGGCUUGUGAACUGUCGCUCUGUUGCUUUCGCCAAAGCCAGGGUGAAAACGGGCAGCGCUGCAACUUGGUUUGCACUACGUAGAGGUUCUAGUUUGCUCAGGGCACAUCUCCCCUGUUUUUCGUCCAGGUCACCUAGGGCAGCCGGGGGCAGGGGGCGGGCUGGGUAUUUAUUGCGAGAGUUCGGCCCAGUUGACCGAGUGCUUCCGGGAGGACGGAGACACGUUCGGUUCCAGAACCGCAGCGGGCCGCCAAGCCUAUUCCAGGAGCCGGGUUUUCGGGGAAGUCAUCCCUGGCUCCACGGUCUCUAAACCCUCCACCUGCUGGACACCGAACCUGGCCUAGGGGAACCUAAAUGUGGUUUGGCUUCGGGUUUGGAUGAUCCAGAUGUUCUCAGAGACUUUCUGGAAUAGGAGGCGUUAAACGCGCUGCCUCCACUCUUGAGCCCCAAAGCCAGAUAAAUAGCAGAAAAACCAGGGUGCCCUGCUGGGCACUGAUGCGGGGUGGAUUUCUCAUUUCUGAGCGUCCCCUCCUACCCCUCACCCCCUCCCCGAAGCCGUCUGUGCCAGAACUAGCUGUAGGCCCCGCAGUUCAGAUGUUAACCAGAGCACCUUGGACUCCCAAGCGUGUUUUUCCCAAUUGUGCAGGUGGGUCGGGUCAGGCUGGUGUCGACCCACAGGGGCUGGACGUCACCGCCUCGGGGCCCGACUCGCCGUCGGUCUUUGUCUCUGUUCUCAAUUUCUUCCCGGGAUUUAGGUUUCCUCCCUGAGGCAACCGGCCCCUCAGAUCUUCCUCCUCUGUCGGGGGUUCCAAAACAGAGAUGGGACGAGAGCGUUCCAGGUGGACCUCACAGAAGCUGAAUCUCUGUACCGUAAAGAGAUGAAGGAAGGUGGAGGCGAGCCGGGGCAAAUUCGCUUUUGAUCAUGGUUUGGCUGACAGAGCGUCUUCUCGGAAUACGUCUUCCCUCAGUUGUCGCUGGGAGAGCGGGACGUGGUUGUCAAGACAUGGCAAAAAGAAUAUAUGUAUACAUAGAUAUACACGUACGUAUGUAGGUGUGUAUACGUAUAUCUGUGUGUGUGUAUGACAAACGUUCUAACUGUGGUCACCAGCAACUCUAACCCACAGGGAGGAAUGCUGUACUUGAAUAAUUUAAGCUAUGCAGAUAUAGUCCCGGUCGGCUGUGUUAUUUCAGUUCUUGGGAGAAAAUGUUUCUCCUCCAAAUUUUUCAGUCAUUUACAAUUAAAACAAAAGCAAACCUCAAAAAAAAUUUUGAUUUUCAGUGCACUGUAGGUAGACAAAUGAUGGUACAAUGUUUCAUUCAGUAAGAGGGAAUUAAUGGAUCCAAAUUAGCUGGUUACAGUUCAAAGUCAUGGGUGUGACUAUAUCUUAGGUUGUGGAAGAUUUUUGCUUUUUUGUAGAAUUUUUUGUCAUUUGUUUUGCUAUAACUUCUACCAUUUUUUUCUUCAUUUCUCGUCAUCUGUCGACCCAUUCUUGAGCAGAGGGAGUUGAGGGGUGGCAUCUGGGCAGAAUCUGAGAACUGUACUAAAAUUCCACACAGAGGGCUCAGGUGUUUGGGUUUUUUUUUGGAAUUUUACAAUAGUCUCUUUGGGCUUGCAGAUGGGCGACGCAGUCUGGAUGCAUGAUCCUGAAUUUUAGGGAGGAGAAAAGCCAAGUUGGGAGCCUUGUGGGUUUUGCUUUCGCUGUGUUGUAGUCCUGAACUAUUAAAAAUGUCUCUUUGAUACGGA